UCCUCUUUCUCCUCCCCCUCCCCCUCAAAAGGCCAUUGAGUCUUCUGACCGAGUCCAGUUUCCUUGUCUUGACACUCUCCUUGCUUGCCAUUCCUCUGGAAACCCGGUUCGUCCUCAAAAGUUUGGGUGUGCUGUACUGUACAAGUUCCAGCACGUGUUGGUAGUUCUCGCUCUCUCCUGGUCCGAACUACUUGAACGGAGCUACUACUGGAGUACAACACGUCCACCACACACAAACACUUGCUCUUCUUGAUUUUCUUUUUUUUCCCCUACCAUCCCCUCUUGUGGUUCUCCUCUAGUACUUCUAUCAGGAGUACUCUCUCUCUCUCUCUCCCUCUCCACCCCACUCACCAUGCAUUCCACCGUAUCAGCACAUACCAGCCCUGUCAAGGACGGCAGGCGGAUUCUCGGCGAGAAGACCGUCAACGCGUGCCUGUCCCCCGCCCGCCAUCGCCACGCCGCCUCCCUCUCGCCGGUGAAACGUCCAUUCCUGGAGACACCGUCGCUCACCUCUCCGUCGAAAAAGCUUCUUCCGUCGCCGCUGUUUGCCGGUCAGAAACGCUCCAUUGACCAAGUCGAGGGCCACCGCGAGCAUGAGAGCAGUGCCCGCGAGCGCGCGCCGGUCCAGGCACCGGCACCGGCACCAGCAGCAGCAGCAGCCCCAAUCCACGCGCAAGUUGAGUCGACGACGAAGUCCCCAGCAAUUGCAGCAGAUGAACAUAUCCUAUCCGACGCGACACAACAACCCAUUAUUCCUGAUCUAGAAACACAACAACAACAACAAAAACAAAACGAAGUCGAACCACAACAGCAGCAACAACAACAACAACAACAACAACUACCACCCCCGCCUCAACCCAGCGAACUCCCAGCACAAACUCAACCCACCUCCACGCGAGCAGUCCUCUCCGACCCAGCGACGCGCAAACGCUUUAUUCAGGAAAAAGCAACCCUCCUCCGCACCCGCCUCCAAACCGCCAUGCGUCACGUCCGCGACCCGCAAUUCGACCGCCGCCUCUCCGAGCUCGAAGCCCACAGCCGGAAAUGUCCCCGACUGACCACCGCCGUCGUCCCCGGAUCCCAAACCCCCGCGCCAAAAGACAUAACACGUAUGGCGGCGGCUGCUGCAGCAGCUGCAGCUGAUCCCAAGACCCCGGUCCCGUUCAUCACCACCACCCCGUCGAAUCUGCAACAACCCGAGCACACUACAUCACCUGACAACGACAACAACAACCACGCGUCGGGGCUAUCGUCGCCGCCGCUCUCAACAGGGAAUGACGCUGCGUCUGCGCUGGAGGAGGAUGAUGAUGAUGAUGAUGAUCCGAUGAAAACCCCGACGCAGAAGAUGUAUCGUCAUACCACAGGAACAGGGAACGAAGCCUCGCCGAUGAUGCAGUUGAGUAGUCCGCCUGCGACGGUGUCGCGACGGAGAACUGGGACGGGGAUGGGGACCGUGCCCGAGGAGUCGGACGUUGAAGAGGACGGAGUGGGUCUGCCGGACACGCAGAGGCGGUUAUCGCAGAAGGGGGAUGCGGUGGAUGGGUUGUUGAAGUUGAUGGGGACGGCGGAGCAGCAGCAGCAGCAGGCCGAGAAAGCAGAGGUGCGGACGGGGUGAUUUCAUUGACGGCAUGUUGUGCUUGCUUAUUGCGCCCCGCGUCAACUGUGGCAUGUGGGGAUAGAAUCCCUCUCGAGGAUAGCGUCAUGCCUGUUUGUCGCCGCUCCGCCGGAUAUGAUCUACCCAGUCAAGCUUGAUAGAUUAGGGCAAUCGCGGCUCUUGCCUAGGACGGAGAGAUGAGGCUCUGGAUCAAAUGCCAUGCAUGUAUUGUAUAUAGAACAAGGGGAACUUAGAGCUAUCCGGAUGGUAGAGAUGGAUGGCAGGGCAUGCGAG